GCCGGGUGCCCUGUCUCCUCCGAGGCUUCGGAUAGAGCGAGUCUUCUUCUUCCUCCCUGCUCCGACCGAGAUCCGCUCGAGAAGAUUCGAUUAGGGUUAGGGUUUGCCUCACUGAUCGUGAGCUGGGCUGCUACAUCCACCUACCUGGUUUCUCGGAUUCCGGUAGAAUCAACCACCCGAUCUAUCGACACAAUUUCCCCCGCCGGUGCGGCCUCUGCUUUGUCGAAGAUGCUGGGCGGAUUAUACGGCGACCUCCCGCCGCCCACCUCCGCGGCCGGCGACGAAGACAAGCCGACGGCCUCCGUCUGGUCGAGCGCCACCAAGAUGGCGCCGCCGACCCUCCGCAAGCCCUCCGCGACCUUCGCCCCUCCCACGUCCCUCCUUAGGAACCAGCACCCCCGCCCCGCCGCCGCUCCCAAGCCCAGCGCCGUGCAGCAGCAGCAGCAGCCGCCGCACCCCCUCCCCCUCGCCUCCGCCGUCACCACCACCACCGCAGCCUCCUUCCACCCCGCCCUCGUCGCCGUGCAGUCCACCGUGCUCGAGGAGUACGACCCCGCCAGGCCCAACGACUACGAGGACUACCGCAAGGAGAAGCUCAAGCGGGCCAAGGACGCCGAGAUGAAGAAGGAGCUCGACCGGAGGCGCCGCGAGGACCAGGAGAGGGAGAGGGAGCGCGAGCUGAGGGAGGCCGAGGCACGCCUGCGCGAGGAGCAGUCCAGGGCCUCCUCCCUCAACAUAUCCGGCGAGGAAGCCUGGAAGAGGAGGGCCGCCAUGAGCGGCGCUGGCGGCGGCGCUACUCCUCAGAGGGCCUCGUCUCCGCCCCACGGCGAUGCCAGUGGCUUCUCCAUCCCAGGCUCCUCCUCCUCUGGCUUGGGCCUGGGCGCCGGCGGCCAGAUGACCGCUGCCCAGAGAAUGAUGGCCAAGAUGGGGUGGAAGGAAGGCCAGGGGCUCGGCAAGCAGGAGCAGGGAAUCACAGCGCCUCUGGUCGCUAGGAAGACCGAUCGGAGGGCAGGGGUUAUUGUCGAUGAGAGCAGUUCCAGGAGGCCCAGAUCAGCCAACUUUGAAGGCCAGCCCACCAGAGUAGUGUUGCUGCGUAACAUGAUUGGUCCGGGCGAGGUUGACGACGAGCUGGAAGAUGAGAUUGCCUCGGAAUGCUCCAAGUUUGGGGCUGUGUUGCGCGUGCUGAUAUUCGAGAUCACCCAGGCAGACUUCCCCGCGGACGAAGCAGUGAGGAUCUUUGUGCUGUUCGAGAGGACAGAAGAGUCGACCAAGGCGUUGGUCGAACUGGAAGGCCGCUACUUUGGCGGACGCAUAGUGCAUGCCACCUUCUUCGACGAGGGAAGGUUUGAGAGGAACGAGCUUGCUCCGAUGCCCGGGGAAGUACCAGGGUUCGACUAAAUCUUAAUAAUCAGACUAAAGAAGAACUGGACGUUGGUGUCUUGGGUGUAACUUAAUCUAGAGCAUGAACAGUGUUUUUCUUUUCUUUAAGGACAGUUUACAGCAUGUUGGUGAAUGUUGACCUACUGCCAUUUUAUUAUUGUAGAGUUAUUGUUAUUA